AUGGCGUCCGUCGCCGUCAUCCUCCUGCUGGUGAACCAGAAGCUGUACAAGCAGGGCAUCCGGAGCAAUGCGCUCCGCGUCUGCGUCAUGGUCGGGCUUCUAGGUCUCAUGGGAGCUUACGCAGCGGGCAGCUGCCGACAACUGCGGACCUCCAUCUAUGUCUUUGCGCUAGUGGCCGCGGUGGUCACCUUCCUCGUCCUGCAGACCCUACUUUUCGUGUCGGCGGGGAGAGUCAAUUGUUCAAAGUUGCCAUGGCUUCCUGAGCGGCUAAAGCGGCUGUUCGAGCCCCUAGGAUCAUCGCCGUCAUGGUUGUCCGUCCAGAACAAAGGUGAUGAUGAGCAGUACGCAAAACGCAAGUACCUGAUGCUGCUCGGCAUCCUUGGAGCGAGCGUGACGUACCAGGCGGGUCUCGCGCCUCCUGGUGGCACGUGGGGCGACGAUGAUACUGCGUCGUCCCCAUCGCCGUCGCCGUCCCCAUCAGCAAGCCCACCAAACGUCGCCGGCAACCCGAUCCUACUUCACUCCAACCCGGCACGGUACCAGGCCUUCUUCUACUGCAACGCGACGUCGUUCAUGGCCUCCAUCGUCGUCAUCAUGCUGCUGCUGCAGUACACCGUGAAGAAGCAAUACACCGUGAAGAAAAGCGCCGCGCCAUUGUGGGCGCUGCAGGCCGCUGUGGUGUUGGACCUGUUCGGCCUGCUAGGCGCCUAUGCCGCCGGCAGCUGCAGGGACUGGGAGACGUCCGCGUGCGUCAUCGCGCUCGUCGGCGCCGUGGUCAUCUUCAUCACGGUCUACGCGCUGCUGUCGUUCGACGCCGUGCGAGGGAGCGUGAAGGCCCUCACGGUGUGUAAGUACUUUUCUAAGAUGAUGGAAAAACAGGUCUGGGAGCCCUUGGGAAUUAGCAAUGGUGAUGAUGAUCAGUCAGUCGCAAUCGAUGACAGUGUAUGA